UUCCCCGCCCGUAAGACCUCCAACAUAGGUAAGGCCGGUGAGGAGGAAGCCAAGUGCGAGCAUGGCGGCUAUACAACCCACGACCGCCGCCGGGUGCUACUGGACAAGAACACCCCCCUCCGUGAAGUGCGGCGCCACCUUGACCGAAAGCUGCGGCAGCCGCGAAUGACCGACGACUACGGACACGCCUUCCAAGAAAGCGACCUAGAGCAGCCGUUGUGGAAAUUCAGCGAUGGCUGCGCGCUUCAGGUGGUCUUCGUGCCCACCGACAUGGACAACUUGAAGGAUUUUGCAGAGCAGGGGACACAGAAGGUCAUGACUUCCCUUUUAAGGAAGAAAGUGGCCUAG